CCACGCCACAAGGAGAAACCUUAUUGUUAUUUUGAGCUGAGUCCUCUCCCCGGCACAUAUCCUGUCGCAUUCACAGUACCACUAUCAGUUGUAAUCGUAUGUUUUCCGAUUUUUUGCUUUCCUAACUAGGUAAAAGAACCCCCGCCUACAGCAACAAGCGUUUAGAAACAAGUAGCACAAACUCCUCAUCAUGUCGACGCCUCCAGCAUCUGAUCCUACCUGCGCCCAGUGUGGCGACUCGCUGUCCAUCCGCGGCUCGUACUUCGAACGCCCGAACGACGGCGCCGCGCUUUGUCGCAACUGCGUUCUGAACGAAACGGGAAAAUGCGUGGUUUGCGAGAAGAGUUUGUUUCGUGAAACUGAAAUCGCUCGACUCCCGGACGGGACCUGCGCCCACACGGAGUGCCUGAAGUGCAAGCACUGUCGGAAGAAACUGGAGCAAAGCUUUCACGCAAAGAAGGACCUGUGCCUGGUUUCUGACAAGACCCAAAUCGGGGAUGGGGAGUUUCUCUGCCAGAACUGUGCGUUGAAAUUCCGGCAGCUGGAGCUACGGUUGAAAUACCGGAUCCACGGGUUUUCAGGCGGUGUUGCGAUCGAGGACGCUUUCGCAGAUUUGAAGGACAAGGACAAGGGCCUCGCGUUUGUCCGCACAACGCAAUUGGAACAAGAAUGGGCGGAUAAGAACAAUAACUCUGAUGGAAAAAUGAAUAACGGGAACAACAACAACAUCGGCGGCCGGGUGACUUUAACCGACUUCAGUCUGGUCUCCGACCGGCCCUCCAGUGCAACUUCUAUGAGCAUGAAGGAGCUCGGAGCCGACGAAGACGUACGCCUCUCCGCACGGAUGGUGGAGACCCUCGUGGCGUCCGGUUUUUCCGCCCCGAAAAAAGUGGCGGCGCUGCCGGACCGCAGACCGAGCUUGGCGGGUGCGACGGGAGGAACCAGAUUUUCUACGCGUAGUAGUUCUAACUUCUCGCCAGAAAGGAAUCAGUAUCAGGAUACAUCAGUGCUGAAAGAAGGCAAUGCAGCGGUGAAGCUGCCAGAAAGGCGUCCAAGUUUGACGAAGCGUAGAAGUAGUUCCCCCUCAGGAGCUGCUCAGAGUACUAGUCAGAGAAAGAGUGCUUUGCUGAAAAACGACGCUUCUGUAAAAAUGCCCGAGAGGCGGCCCAGUUUAGCAAAGCGUGGACCCCCUACGCGGCGUAGCAGAGGAGCCUCGGGGAACGGUUCGGAAAACCAAUUGGUAGAUCCGAGGAAGAGCACUUCUGUGCCUACACCCGAGAAGAUACUAGUGGAAAAUGGAAAUACGCAAGAUGAGCAAGCAUCUGAAAUAAAGCCACCGGCGUCACCAGCACCGAAGAUGACAAUGAAGCCUGAAUCGCCUCCUGCUUCUCCUUUGGCCCAGGUCAACACGGACAGCCCCCGUCGCAUCAGUACAUUCGCGAAGGCGCCGGGAAGUAUUGCGAUUGCCGAAACCCAGCCAGCACUUGCUCUUCAACCAGAGGACAGCAAGCCGGCAGAGACAUCGCAACAGGAGGACAGCAAGACGCCAAAACAAGAGAAGCCUGCAAGUCCGACGAGCGCUGCUCCUGUAAAACUAAAACAAGCUACCGCUAAGGCUAGUAUGUCCAGAACAGAAAUUGCUGACACCCCUGUUGUGUCACCUUCUUCCCCUGGUGCUGCUGCGCUUGUAGUAGCAGAUUCUGCUGUUGCAGCUGACGAGACGAAAAUCUUUCCAGCACCGGAGACGAUGAACAAAGCUAUUGACGUUGAAAAACUGCUAGAGGAAAGGGAAACAGAAAAGCAAGAAACCGAAAGAACUACCCCCACGAUUCCUCCUGUUCCGGUGCCAGCUUCACAAGAACCUUCACCUGGCAGCCUCAAGAACGCAAACAACGACCCGAGUCCUAUAACAGGCGAAGAAGGAGCUCCACCUGCAACGGCGACGGAGAGUAAGACCAGUGCAAAUUUGUUCUACCACGAUGAGCACGCUUUUGACAACAACCCCUACGACGGACGACCGCUUUUCAGCCCGGAAACGACGACCCGCUCCGUGUUUCUGUCUCCCCGAACACGCCGACCCAGCGCGCUGACAAAGAUGAACUUGAACAAGCAAGUAGUUGAUCAUGCAACCACAGAGCUGCAAAGCAAGAAGGACAAAGUCAACGACAAAGGUAUGAUUUUGAAAAGGGUCAAGAAGCAGUUGUCCUCAUCGGCGAAGAUGAGAUCCAGCACUUUUAGUCGAGAACUAGUACAGGGUCAAUCUGGGGUACAACGACACAGCAGCACCCCCAGCAAUCUUUUAUACACCGCCCCCGGGGUUCUUGCGGCGACAAUCGAAGAGCUGGAGCACAUCGAAAUUGAGAUUACCACAGGAUCGACCACGAUCUAGUUUUUUCUAAGCUCUGUAUAAAAAAAGAAAUAAAGUUGUACCUACCUAAAACGAAAGUGCUCCUCCAUUUCCAAUGCUUCCCUAAGAUGAUAGCAUAGCACCCCGCCAAGAGGAAGAACAUCUUUUGGCGUUUCUCACACUCAGAAUAAUUAGACUAGAACCGUGAUGAGAAAGAGAAUAUUGUCAGAUGUACAAUAGAUGCAGUGAAUUGCUGACCUGCACGCGGUG